AUGCAGAAACUGCCACCACCACCGAGACGACUAAGAGCCCCAGCUAAACCGACCGCCUAUGAUUGCACCAACAAUGAAAAGACCCCAUUUCCAGCUGAUGUCCUUUGCGACACCAAGGGUAUUGGCGUGGACCCCAACAUGCGCUAUCUCAUCCAGGUGACUGGCGAUGCCACAAUCGCGCACUGCCGUGAUAUACCGCUACGGUCUACCUCUGAUACUGCUACCACCGAGCUCGAGGCAUCUUCCACAGUACUCACAACAUCUUCCGCCGAACUUGCUUCAACCACCGAAACGACCACUGCAGCUGUCACGACGACGACCGCCGCGUUCGGCUGCCCUGGCGGAUUCCCGGCCGACCACUCCUGCGGCGUUUUUCAACAAUACACUGGAGGAGGACAGAACUACAUUAAAGAUUAUAGUGGUGCAUAUUCGGUCGAAGAGUGCAUGCAGUUCUGUAUUGAGGAUGAUACCUGCACUCUCAUUAAUCACUCGUCAUACUUUUGCGAGCUGUGGACUGGAGACUUCGUCACCAAUGGGCUUUCUGCGACUUGGAGCUGGUAUGAGCUGGGCUGUUUCUGUGUGGAGAGGGCACCUGUGGAUUAA